AAAAUAAAUAAAAUAAUAAACAUCGUCGUCUGCGUCCUGCGACGAUGGCCGUCGAAUCGCUCGAACGUUCGCGUUGAACUGUCGGAAUUCGGAUCGGACAAUAAUAUUAUUCAUUGCCAGCCGUUUCCGACGGAAACUCGGCCGGUGGCCUCUGCCAUGACGACGUCGGACAACCAAAAUGAGACCCAGUCCAGGCUCUAUUUCCUCAACGAACAGUUACAGAAAAUGGUCAAAGAGUUACCCAGGAAGUACCAGCAGCGCAUACCUAACGAACUCCUGUGCGAACUCACCGAAUGUCUGUUGGACAAGACGCUGUAUUCGAUCGUCAAGGAGCUGACUGACAUUCAGCACGUGACCGAGAAACAAAUGUUUCAAAAACGCUUAGAAAUGAUCAACAAACAUUCGGUCGGCAUACAAAAACUGUUGAAGUCAGAUCUGGCUGAACCGGGCAAGACCGAGACGAGGCUGAGACUUCAAGCUGAGCACAGAAAGAACUUGCGAGAAUUCGAUAAGAAGAUAGUGACAGAACUCGACGAAAAGCGACGAGAACAACAGAAUACAUUACACAUGGCUGGUGUACCAGGAUUCGAUAUCACAGAUGAUGCUAGCCGCAUUCAAGUACAAAUACGUUUAUGUGAUUUCAUCAUUAGAUUAAGCCUAAUUGAUAAAAAACCAGACGAAGUUUAAAAAAAAAAGAACAAUAUUGUACAGAAAAAUUGUAAUUAAACGAAAA